UUAAAGCCGAAAACCAAAGCUCAUCCCUUUGAGCUCCAACCCUUUCCACCAAUCAAGCCCGUCGUACCAUAACCACUCAUACAAUAGUGUAAUAAUCUCGUGACGACACCUUCUAAAGUCGACAGGUCUCAGCCAUUUUUUGUUGGGGUGUGCCGUUGCGGCAAGCUUCCUUUCUCCCCUCGCCCCAUCUUCUCAUCCAGCCAGUUAUUCGCCUUACCUGACCAUUUGUAUCAUAAUCACGCCCACACUAUUAUAUCUCCUGUUCGGGUGCUCUUGCGUCCUGUCUGGCCUGGUAUGUCCAUCUGAUGGUGUGCUAGUUGGACUUGCUGUGUUCUUUCCAUUCUACCUGAACCUACCUUUUUCCCCCUUUCUCACUCGCUAUCCUUUCUCCCUUCUUCCUCCUCCCCCUCCACUCCGCCAUGCACCGCACCUGUUAGUGCGUCGUACUCGUACUCGUCGCUCACGGAGGAACAGGAUCUCCUCGUUACAAUACUUUACACCUACAUACAUACAUACUUACCUACCUACCUGUCUACCUACUUACCCACGCUAUUAGUAUCGGUACCACUUAUUAGUAGUGGUAAAUAUAAUCCGUGUUUCCAUCAAUCAGGUCUGCGAGGUUUCAGACUGAAUAAGUGAAGAAAAGGGGUUUAUCGGCUCGGUAACCUUGUUGCACCUCACACCCAAUAGGACAAACGGGAACGAGAUGCAUCCGUCGCCUUUCCCCCAGACAUCUGGAUCGAGUAGUUCCCAGCCUGUGAAUUUUGCCAGGGGUCAGAUGGCGCCUGCGGCAAGUGGCAUCAAUACGGGAGAAACCGAUUCGUGGGUUGAGGUAGCCUCUCACCCGAGUGAUAGCGCGUACACAUCCUCAUCGGACGAACACAUUAUAACCGCUGGACUUCAAGUUUCCGCCGCACGCCGAAGACGCAGAUCCACGUUCCGCGAUGUCAAACCCUCCCACCCACAGACCGGCAUAGCUCAAGAAUCUGAGGAUGGCCCGUUAGAAAACGGUGAGGCAGAGGAAGAGGAAGAAGAGGAAGGCGAACAUAUGGGAUCCAUGAUCAACGAAAUGCCCAUGAGCUCGGACGGGUACUCAUCUCCGGGCGAUGAAGAAGAUGAUAGUGAUGAUGAAGCGAGUGCUUCACAUGAUGCGUCUGCCCCGAGGACAGUGUUUUCGGCGUCCUCUCAACCACGCCCAUUUCAAGAUAGGAGUCAUAUGGUGCCUACUUCUCGCCGUCAUGGACCCGGCGGGUUUAACAUGUUCGCCCCAAACCAUGCGACGGAUCAUGACGAGGCGUUACGGGCGUCGUUGUCUACACUUUUGAGCUGCGCGGCGGCGGCAAGGGGUUUGACCAAGUCCCCUCCGCAAUCACAGGCUCCGGGUCAGGCACAGACCGCACCUCAGCAGGGUGGAAGAGUGGCAGUAGAAGGUAUUCGUGUGGUCAGAGAGGACAACCUCCCUAGCGAAGCCAGCGGUUCAGUAGGCGGGAGGAGCAGACGCGGAUCUGUGGAUUCCACAGCGGAUUCUACGUCCUCCCCCCCAUCCCCACCAAAUAAACUCCCCUCCAAGGACACCGAGGAGGCAAGGAAGAAGACCCGGCGCCCCGACAAGAAAUCUAAAUCAAAAACCCGUUCCAGGUCCUCCCGUCGGCAGGAAGCCUCGGAAGGUAGUGACUUGACAUCCACCCUUGGCGUCUCCUAUGCUACACUAGCAAUCUCAGCCGGCGCUAUCGUCCUCCUCAGCGCAAUCACCUUCUCGGCCGGAUACGCCAUGGGCCGGGAGGUCGGAAAGUCGGAGGGUGGGCUAUUGGGUCGGAUCACGGGUAGCGGGUCAGGAAGAGGCAAGGCGGUUGUUAGAAGUUUAAGUAGAGCUAGCGGGGGGGGAUUACGUGGUGCUGCUGGCAGGGGGAUUUCGAUGGGUGGUGGGAUUGGGAGCGUUACUGCUUGAGUAGAGUUUGUGGACUAGAAAUAAUUUCUCAUCGAGGGAUUUCACAAUACGACGAAUGAUAUGAAAUUGGUGUUUGGUUUUGGCUCUCUUUCUUUUCUUUUCCUUUUCCUUUUCUUUUUUUAUAUUUGGGUUGACUGGGUAGGUUGGGCUGAUUUGGUUGGUCAGCCGGAUAGGUAGCUUUCGUUCCUUCACUUUAUUUUGCCGUUUGUGGCCGUCAUUUACCUGUUUUAUUAUGGUUAAAAUUUUUUGCGCCCUCUAUUAGCACAAUUAGCACAAAUGUUCGUAAUCCAUUUCGCUAUAGCGGUAUCGUACAA